AUGGGUCGCGUACUGCCUCUUUUGCUCGUCGCCUGCCUGGCGGUGCUCGCCGCCGGCCACAAGUCCCUGGAGGGCUACCGCGUCUAUCGCCUGCAGCCCAUCACCACCGAGCAGUUCGAAUGGGUGCGUGGCAUGCAGCAUGACCCCGCGCUGGACUUCUGGUCCAACAGCGACGUCAUGGUGAGUCCCGAGCGCCAGGAGACCUUCCUGGACCAGCUGCAGCGCGAAGGCAUCCAGUGGGAGACCCUCGUCAACGACGUUCAG